CACACACAUUCCUACCUACUGUAGACACCACUUUCUCCAAUCAUCUGUCUCUCUCACACACACACACACACACACACGCGCACGUCCUGAUGUGUGCGCUCUCUGCUCAAUGGUUUCCCAAUGAGGCGUUUCUUUGGCCGCUUGCUGGAGCAGCUGCUGUUUCUGUCUAAAAACCUCAAAGUGAGUAAAUGCAGCAAAGCGAGGAAGAAGCCCGCGAGCAGGGGAACCAAACCAGUGGUGAUCCUGACAAUUUACCUCAAUGACACCCAGCAGAUGUUAACUGAGGUCCCAGUGACUCCAGCAACCAGAGUGAGAGACGUGGUUGAAUACUGCAAAGAGCCUGGCGAGGGGGAAUGCCACUUAGCUGAAAAAUGGAAUGGACAUGAGCGAGUUCUUCCUCUGGACAUAUUGAUGCUGGAUCUCCUUCAGCAGUGGGGGACCAGGAGGAAUGAGGUCAGCUUCUACCUCAGACACUGCCCCCCCUGGGCACAAGGAAGUCAGCAGCCUUUGGAUGAAAGCUGGACUUUAGGAUCAACAGAGAUCGCUAAUGACAUGGUUCCCCGUGUGGAGCUGACCCUCUCUGAGCUCCAGGAAAUGGCCACAAGACAACAACAACAAAUCGAGACUCAGCAACAGAUGUUGGUCGCCAAGGAGCAGAGACUGAGGUAUCUUCACCAGGGAGGCAGAACUAACCAGGGACAGACACAGUCUGAAGCUGAGAAGCUGCAGCGGCUGAAGGAGCGAGUCGAGACUCAGGAAGCAAAGCUGAAGAAGAUCCGAGCCAUGAGAGGACAAGUGGACUACAGUAAACUGAUCAACGGCAACCUCUCUGCGGAGAUUGACCAUGUUAGCAACCUGUUCCAGGAGAAGCAGGCGGAGCUGCAGUCUGCAGUGUUUAGAGUCGACCAGCUAACUCAACAGUUGGAGGAUUUGAGGAGAGGACACCUCCAUUCUGUUCCACCAGCUCAUGGGGCACCCACCUCUGGCCAGAGAGGAUCCCCUCUGUCUGGCCCUGCAGCUCUGGAGCUGAGGAAACUCUACCAGGAGCUGCAGGCCCGUAAUCGCCAUAACCUGGAGCAGAACAGCAAAUUGGCCCAGAACAAGGAGCUGCUGAACAAGAGGAAUGGCCAGGUGACAAUGAUGGAUCAGCGUAUUGGUGAACUGAGAGAACGACUGCACAAGAAGAGAGCAGAAUUGAACCAUAUGAACGGAGGUGGUCCCUCCUCCCCUCAAACCUCCUCCCGCCCUAGUGGUGGAGUUCUGGGUCGAGUGGCGGCCGUCUGCCCCUACAUCCAGGUUCCAGCUGAGGAGAGACAAGAGUCAGUGUACCCACUACCAACUGACCCGCCACCCAAACCCACCCCACUCAGCCACACCCGCUCUCUCUCAGCCAAUGAAGCAUCAUGGUCUGACUGGAGGACCAACAGUCCAGAACAGCUUCCCUCCAGUUAUGGUACUUACCCCAGUGCCAUCCACCAGGCUGCAGGUCAUCACUGUGCCACCAGCUCCCUGCCCCGCUCUGCCCCUGGUACCCUGGGCUGGCCUCGGUCCAGCAGCAGCACCAACACUUCACCCUCCUCUUCAUUAUCUUCCUCGUCACAGCAAAUACACCAGCGAAUCGCUGUCCCUCCUAAAUCAAGCCCAGGCUCUGCCAGCAUCGCUCAGUCCUCUCCACGGUCCCCACAAGCAGAGCGCACAGAUCCCCCUCCAGCAGUGGCCGUACGUCCGUACGUCCCUGACCAUCCCUCCAGACCCCAGUCCCCCAGGAAGGGUCCCGCCACUAUGAACAGCAGCUCCAUCUACAGCAUGUACCUCCAGCAGCCUCAGGCUAAAAACUAUGGCUCUCUCAACAACAGGACGACCGUCAAAGCAGUCUAUGGCAAACCCAUCCUCCCCACGUCCUCCGCCUCUCCAUCCCCAGUCCCUUUCCUCCACGGAGGAGGAGGAGGAUUAAAAGCAGGAGAAGAUGUAACAGAUAAAGAAGGUGGAAAAGGAGGAGAGAGCAGCGAUGGGCAAAUCCUGCCUCCACCAAGCGUAGAUAACAUCCCUCGCCCUCUCAGUCCCACAAAACUCACCCCAGUUGCCCACUCCCAGCUACGUUACCAGAGUGAUGUGGACCUGGAGGUUCUGCGCCGACGCCCCAGUAACGCUCCGCGACCGCUGAAGAAACGCAGCUCAAUCACUGAACCCGAGGGCCCCCAGGGACCAAACAUCCAAAAACUUCUGUACCAGAGGUUCAACACACUGGCAGGAGGCAUGGAAGUAGGCUCAGGCAGCACUUUCUACCAGCCCGACUGCCUUUUAGGCGACAUGGACAACAUCCACUCAGCCAAUGGGAAUGUAGAAAGUGGCGACAAAGACAUCAGUAUUGCAGCUGUGGAGGGAAAAGUCCAGAACCUGAACUUAGAUUCCAGACGUUUGUCACCUCCUUCUGUUGCCACAGAAACAUCCAAAGAGACAAAAGCAACAGCAGGCACUACUCCCUCCACCCAAACUAGCCCACGUCUUGCAUUGAGGCAAGAAGACCAGAACAAUAAUAACAAGAGAGGAUCUAGUCCGGCCCUAAACCCUGCAGGUCACGCCUCUCCAUCACCUGCUGCAGCACCUUCACUGCCUAAGGUGAAGCGAACCAACCUGAAGAAGCCGUCAUCGGAGCGAACAGGCCACGGCCUCAGAGUCAAGUUUAACCCUCUUGCUCUGCUGCUGGAUGCUUCGUUAGAGGGAGAGUUUGAUCUGGUCCAGAGAAUUAUCUAUGAGGUGGAAAAUCCCAGUAUGCCUAACGAUGAAGGCAUAACUCCUCUUCAUAAUGCUGUCUGUGCUGGACAUCACCAUACAGUCAAGUUCCUGCUGGACUUCGGAGUGAACGUCAAUGCAGCUGACAGUGACGGAUGGACUCCUCUACACUGUGCUGCGUCCUGUAACAGCGUCCAUCUCUGCAAGAUGCUGGUGGAGUCCGGGGCGGCCAUUUUUGCAACUACAAUUAGCGACGUGGAGACGGCAGCGGACAAAUGUGAAGAGAUGGAGGACGGAUACACACAGUGUUCUCAGUUCCUCUAUGGUGUCCAGGAAAAGUUGGGUGUGAUGAACAAAGGCCUGGUCUACGCUCUGUGGGACUACACAGCUCAGGAGGAUGACGAGCUCUCCUUCAGCGAGGGCAGCGCCCUCACCGUGCUUCGACGACAUGAUGACAAUGAGACAGAGUGGUGGUGGGCGCGACUGAACGACCAGGAGGGCUACGUACCCAGGAACCUGCUGGGGCUGUAUCCAAGGAUCAAACCCAGACAACGCUCACUGGCAUGAGGCCCAGAUCAGGGGUUACAUGCUCCUCACAGCAGGCGUGUGCACUCAGAGAGGAAGAGGAGCAGUCGCAGAAUUAGGGCAGAGGCAUUAGAAGGAAGAGGGAACAGUGGAUGAAGAAGUGACAAGGGAGAAGAGGGAGGUCAAAGAUUUGCUGAAAAAAGUGUUUGUGGAUGUGACGCUGGAACAACACAGCCAUGUUGUGGUGGAGUCAUAGCAUGGAGCCUUUUUUGACUGAGUUGCUGCAGACUUAGAGAAAUUGCCCGCAUCUUAUUUUGAGCAACAGUAGCUUGGCACGUUCAGCCGCAUGACAGACGCUGAGUAGAGAAACAAAGAUGUAGCUUUAACAUCCACUUCAGUUCAUUUAGCUCCCAACGCGACUGACACAUUGAUCUGUGAAUAUCAACAACAAAAACACACGUUAGGAUUUUCAUGCAGCCAAGCUUCUCAAAGCAAAUGGGGAUGUGUUGUAUUUUCUCAGUGGGCGUCAUGUGACGUGGGAUGGAAGAUUCAUUCCGUGGGAUGUGAUUUUACGAGUUGGAGCAGGGGAAAGUGUGUGUGGCGAGGUGUCAUGUGAAAGUGAGGAGAGAGAACAGGUGAAUGUGUGUGGAAGCAGGUCAGGUUAGGGUCACUGCUGUGGCAGAAGCAGUCGCCAGGAACGACGUUGAAAAUGCGGUGAUGAGACUGAUCAAGGCAAGCAACUGAACAAUGGCUGCUGAGAUUGACAUCAACUUCCAAAACAGUGUUUACAAUGAUAUAUUACAGCAUGGGUUUUUUGGGUUAUGUCAGAUAAAUGAUGUAGUUCUGUUUUUGCAAACUGAUGUGAAAAAGCAUCUGUCAGACAUUACCGCUGACCUCAGCCUUUGUGUAUUUUGCAUUUGUCUUGACUCAGCACUGGUGAGCGCUGGCAUAUCAACAUCUGUUCACAUGUGAAAUGGCUGCUGCUGGAAAAACAGGGAAGGAAGGAAGGAAGGAAAAGGAAGAAUGUGUAGGAAAUACAAAUGUUGUUUGAAAGCCCAAACUGUUUUUACAAAACAAAUUGUUCAGGAGUUGAAUGGACAGUUUUUCUCUUGGUAUGAUAACGUUUGCCAGUAUUUAUACAUUUUCAACCGAAACGUAGAACCACAUUCACACUUCAAACUAACAGCCAGCUCAAUGUUUAAGAAUCCAGUCAUGCCUGCUGUUAAAAUGACUGAUCAAAGCUCUGUUAGAUCAGUUUCUCUGCGUUCUCUUAGAUCUGAAUGUCUUUUAAAAAAUAAAUUAUCAAAAUGAAUUAUACUGGACUAACUAUGUUCAAAUCACAACUAACCUAAAGUGAAUGAAGACUCUCCAAGUGUCACCUGAUUUUAUUUUUUAUUUCUUUCCUAUUUCCAUGUUUCCAAAGUUGUAUUAAAUGUAUUAUAUUUUUUUCUGUUUGUUUUAUCUCAAGCAAUACAUUGUUUUUAUAUUAUUAUGUUAUUAUUAUUAUUAUUAUUUUUAGGACACACUUGUUUCUUCCUGUUAGAGCUGGCACCUCUCACUGCUGCCACCUAGUGUACAUUGACAUUUUUGACACAAAAUAAAGCAUCACUUUCUGUUGACACAUGCAGUGUAAAAUAUGAAGCAAUAAAUUGAAGUGAAGUUUGA